ACAUUAUAAUGUGGUGUAAGUUUAUUUUUAUUUGUGUUUUUUCUUCUUAAAUUAAGUAGAGUUAAAACAUUAUAAUUAAGAAGUUAAUAAAACACAGCGGUUAUCAUGGCAUGUAGGAAAAGACGACAACCCUCAUUUCUAGCCCACGCCGACAGACAUGCAUCGAGCAACGUGGACCAGCUGACUGUCAAGUACAUGGAGAUGUGCAAAGUGGGAUCCAGCACAGACUCUGACUCAGAAAUCAGCUCCAGAUGGCCAGAAACCAGCGUUGUGGCAUGUCCAAGGAGUGCAACGGAGCCUGAGACCUCACAGCAGAUACACACUAAGCCUUCAAGAUCAUGUGUCUGUUACUCCUUGUUGUUGGAUCCAUAUGAUGGGAGCUCAGAAGAUUCAGAGUCGAACAUUGAAGUCUCCAGCAGAAAAACAAGACAGAGGAGGAAUGGUGGAGCGGGAUUUCCCUUUUCAAGUCAAAGAAGACGAUCCGCCUUAAAUCAGAGAGAAAUGCUGAGGAAUGAAAUGAGAGAUGGGAGUGACGUCCAGAUGAAGUACCACACUGACUCUGACCUGUGGGACUGUGAGCUCGACACGUCACCGUGUCAUAUUGACAGCAUUGAUUGUAAGAUGAUUACAGAGGAAAGUGAAUCACACUCAUUGCAGCACAUUUACAGCAUGGAUACAGAAUGUCAGCUCGGUGACUCGGGUUUGUACGGAUCCAGAUCCUCCACUCCCAUCACACCUGCAGUUUCGUCUUCAGCAGAAAGCUCCUGCAAAUUCAAAUCUCUGUGGAAAAGAAAAGUGAAUUUUUCUGCAGUAGAGGUGGUGGAUUCACGACCGAGCAAAAAGCAGUGUGUUACAACGGAGGAGGAGAAAGAGUGAUAAAUCUGAUCGCUUUUGUUGAUGUUGACUUAAGGACUGAUGUACUUGAAAAAGCACUUUAAUGGAAUUCAGAUACUGUAAUGUAUAGCAACAUUUUCUUUUUCCAUUAAAACUUGUUUGUACUAGUAAAAUUAUGGUUAUAUAUUUAAAGAGUUUUCCAAACUAA